UUCAUUAAUGUAAGAAUCAACGCUAAAAAACGACGAUCCAAUACAUUCCUGAUCAUGAAGUUUCACAAACUUUCUCGGUUCUCAUCAGUUCUACUCAUCAUAACCUUGCUAGUUGUGAUUGUAGUUCCACAAGCUUCAAGCAGCCCAUAUGAAUCCUAUAAGAACUGCGCCCCGUCCUUCACAUGUGGGACCAUGUUGGGGAUCCGAUACCCUUUCUCCAGACGUGAAGAUCCCGCUUACUGUGGGUAUCCCGGGUUUGAGCUCAACUGUAAAGACAAGAAGUCACCUACUAUCGACAUGAACAAUAUGACGUACCAAGUUUUGAGCGUUGACCACUCGUCGCAGAUAUUAAAGAUCAUUAGAGAAGACGUAAUGGAGUCGAUAUGUCCACAUGAUUUCAUCAACACCACCAUUGAUCAUAACCUUUUCGAUUACUUUAUAAAUUACAUGAAUAUUACUUUCCUAUAUGGGUGCCCGGAUUCUUUGAAUCUUCACGGGGACACGUUUUCGUGUGAUGAUAAUGGGAUUGAUAAAGUUUGGGUGUUGCCUGGAGACCAAGGCCCGGGAAUAUGUAACAAGAGUGUGAUCGUUCCGGUUCCUGUUAUGGCACUCGGGUCAACGGGCUUGGUGAAUUCGAGUGGUUUGGAUCAUGUUCUUAGGGAAGGAUUUGAGGUCAGGUGGAAGCUGGAUACAAUGGGUUGCAGCCAAUGUAGCGAGUCUAAUGGCCGUUGUUUUUACGAUUAUGAUACUAAUCGAACCUCGUGUGCCUGCCCUGGUUCACCUUUGAUUGCAGACAGUUGUAACAUGGCUAACACAAGCCAAGCCGGUUCCUCACAGAAAAGCAGGUCCCUGACUAUAGCACUUCCUCUUACCGGUGGACUUCUUGCCACCAUCGGGCUAGGCUCAGCACUCCUCUUCUACAAACAACGUAAAAAAAGACACACCACCGGACCAAACAAAACACCAACCAAACACACCAUAACCACCAUUUCAACCAACUCUCCAACCACCACCACCACUUCCACAACAACAACAGAAAUCGGCAACAAAAGCACCUAUUUCGGCACACACGUCUUCACCAACGAAGAGCUCGAAGCCGCCACCGACAGUUUCAACGACUCAAGAGAACUCGGCGAAGGCGGUUUUGGAACCGUCUACUACGGAAAACUAAAAGACGGCCGUGAAGUGGCCGUUAAACGGUUGUACCACAACAGUUGCAAGCUGGUUGAACAGUACAUGAACGAAGUAGAAAUCUUAACAAUGUUAGAUCACAAAAACCUCGUUAAGUUUUACGGGUGCACGUCAAGAAGAAGCAGAGAGCUUCUGUUAGUUUACGAGUAUAUUGCUAACGGCACAGUAGCUGAUCAUCUUUACGGAAAGUUAGCCGGCUCAAGCCGGCUAACCUGGCCGUUACGGCUGAAUAUAGCCGUACAAACAGCCGAAGCAUUGGCUUAUCUUCAUGAUUCUGAUGUUAUACACCGUGAUGUGAAAAGUUGUAAUAUUUUGUUGGACAAUAGUUUUAGUGUCAAGGUGGCGGAUUUUGGGUUGUCGCGGUUGUUUCCAAUCAACGCGACCCAUGUGUCCACUGCGCCGCAGGGGACACCUGGGUACGUUGAUCCGGAGUACUAUCAGUGUUACCGGUUGACAGAUAAAAGUGAUGUGUAUAGUUUUGGGGUGGUAUUAUUGGAACUGGUAUCGGGUUUGCAAGCGGUUGACACUAGCCGACAUAGGCAUGAUGUUAACUUGGCUAGCAUGGCUAUUGAUAGGAUUCAAAAUGGGAGGUUGGGUGAGUUGGUUGAUGGGAGAAUAGGGUUUGAGAAUGAUGGUUUGGUGCGGCGGGUGGUGACGCUGGUGGCGGAAUUGGGGUUCCGGUGUUUGCAACGUGAGAAGGAUAUGCGGCCGACGAUGAGGGAAGUGGUGGAGAGUUUGAGAGGGAUACAAAAUGAGGAGUUGAGUGUUCAGAAACCGGAGGUGGUUGAUAUUGUGGUGGAGGAUUGUGGUAAUCCGCCUUCUUCGGAUUCUGCGUCGACCGGAAAAGUAGAUGAGGGCUAGGCCAUGGCCUUCGAUUGAAAAUGACAUGGAAUGUUUCAAUGUAUCAUGUGAUUUGUGUGUUAGUAAGUGGAUAUUGUAUCCAAAAGGUGAAGUAUGUGAUUAGUGUUAUAGUUGUGUUUUAGUGUGUUACAAAAAUAUUCCUUGAUUUAAUUGUGAGUUGUGAAUGUAAA